UAAGACAACAGAGUUUUCGUGUAGGGGCGGAAAACAAUAAUUGACAGCAAAACAAAAGACGUUUCUACAGUCAGUGCGAAUGAGACUUGUUGGGUCUCGAAAUCACGCGUCUAGUUGUCCAGCGUGAUAUGGCUGAAAACGAAAGUUCCGAGGGGCCACCACACUCUGACGACAUAUCUAAGCCUUGCGUGAACCUGAAUGCAUUUCAGAAAAAAAUGCAAGAGGAACAUAAACAAGCUGUUGCUGCUUCAGACACAAAGUUUGCAGCUUUAGAAAGAGAGCGCAGGAAACGAAUUGCAGUUAGCUGCAAUGCACUUCGUGAUAUGCUGCCAAAAUUUUCCAGGAGGAGAAAUGACAUGGUUGCCAUUCUUGAGAUGACCACAGUUUAUCUGGAGCUGGUUCAGAAACUCCUGCCAGUUGAUCUACAUGACACUUUUCUUACUCCACCAGAAGACCUUCGUACCAAAUGGCAUCAGACAUAUGUGACUGAGAAAUAUAAUGGAAGAACCAUGAAAAUACAUUCUCUUGGACCAGAUACCUCAACCUUGCCUCCUGAAUCAAGGGACCAAGGCAGAGUGCUCAAACAUACUUAUAACCAUCAGCUGAAUUGGCCUGCAGAUAACAGUCUUGUCCCCCCUGGAUUGUCUAAUACAAGUUCUAGUGAAACUGUGUCUGUGGCUGAAGGAAAGCCAUACCAAUACAGUGAUUUGCCUAACCUGGAGAAUCUGGAAGCUACAGCUGCAGAGACCUUUUUUUCUCCCGACUUUUAUGACAGUUUGCCUGUUUCUCCUUCCAAAACUGAUUCCUUCUUUUAUAACCUGGAUAUGUCUUGGGGUUGGAGCUGUUCACCCCAGCAAACACAUGAGGACUCUGAUCGAGUAAUUGAAUUACUUGCUACUCCCAGACUUCCUACUCGUUGUCUGUCAGAUUGUACAGUGGAACAACCAGCAAUCAUGAUGCCUUGUGCUCCCAUAAGCAAAUCCAAAUGGAUAUCCACAUGUCGCUAUGAGAAGUAUGUUAACCUUAAUCUUCCAGUAUGCCAAGAAGAAGCAGCCACUAGUACUACAGUGAGAGAUUACUGUGGCGCUAGCAUUUAAACUGGUGACUACAACUUGGACCCUGCGGCAUCUUUGCCAAGUCUUGUGUCUAAAUUAGAGGAGGAUGGUCUCUUAUAAUGUUGGGAGUAAUGUUUUUUUGUUAAUUAUUUUUCUUUGUGUAAAUAAGGACAAAUUUUGAAACU